AUGGAAACUUUCAUGGUCAACUUCCUUUUCUUCCCUGCAUUCAUUGCAUUUCUUUUGACAUUAUUACUGUGGAAGGGAUCCAAAUCAGCCCAGAAGAAGGUACCUCCAUCCCCAUUGAAGUUACCAAUAAUCGGACAUUUGCAUCAUUUGGCAGGUGCUCCACCACAUCAUGCACUCAGGAAACUGUCCCAGAAAUAUGGUCCUCUGAUGCACUUGCAGCUGGGAGAGAUUCCUGCUAUCGUUGUUUCAUCACCGCGAUUAGCUAAAGAGGUAACGAAAACUCAAGAUCUAGUCUUUGCGGACAGGGGAAAAUUCCUGGCAGGAAAAAUCCUGUGCUACAAUUUCACUGAUAUUGCUUGUGCACCAUAUGGGGAGUACUGGAGACAAAUGCGCAAAAUCUGCACUUUGGAACUCCUCACUGCUAAAAAUGUCCGCUCAUUUGGCUCGAUUAGGCGCGAAGAAGCUUUGGAUCUCAUCAGAUCUAUUGAAGCUCAAGCUGGUAAGUCUGCACCAAUAAAUUUGACACAGAAAUUGGCAGAAUACGCUAGUUCCAUGGUGGUCAGAGCUGCAUUUGGGAGAGUCAGCAGAGAUGAUCGCAAUGCAUUCUUACAGCUAAUCAGGGAAGCAACUCCCCUUUCCAGCGCCUUCGAAAUAACUGAUCUGUUCCCUUCCCUAAAGAUUCUCCACCCUUUCCUUUCCAGGGAAGGUAGAUUGAUGAAGGUCCAUCGCAAGCUGGAUAAAGUGAUGGACAACAUCAUCGAUCAAUACGAAAACUUAGCCAGAUCAGAAUCCUCUGAUGAAGAUCUAAUUGAUGUUCUUCUGAGAGUCAAGCAGAGUGAUAAACUUCACCUUCCAAUUGCCAGGGAUAAUAUCAAAGCGAUUAUGCAUGAUAUGUUUACUGCAGGAACUGAAACUUCUUCAUCGACGGUGGAGUGGGCAAUGGCUGAGUUGAUUAGUCAUCCUGAGGUAAUGGCUAAACUCCAAAAUGAGAUCAGGACAGCUCUCAGGGAGAAGGAAACAGCUGAAGAGGCUGAUGUUCAAGAAUUGGGAUACCUAAAAUCAGUGGUAAAAGAAACUCUCAGGUUACACCCUCCAGUUCCUUUGUUGGUUCCAAGAGAAAGCCGGGAACAAACUGAGAUUGACGGUUACACGAUUCCUAUCAAAACUCGAGUCUUCAUUAACGCCUGGGCGAUUGGAAGAGACCCCGAGUCUUGGGAUGAUCCUGAGAGUUUCAAACCGGAGAGAUUCGAAGACAGUGACAAAGAUUUCAUAGGGAAUCACUUCGACUAUAUACCAUUUGGUGCGGGAAGAAGGAUGUGCCCUGGAAUGUCAUUCGGUCUGGCUAAUGUCUAUCUUCCCUUGGCUCUUUUACUCUACCAUUUUGAUUGGAAACUUCCAAAUGGCCUCGAUCCGAAUGAUUUAGACAUGUCAGAAAAUGUUGGCCUUGUUGCAGCAAGAGCAAAUCCUCUUCUCUUGAUUCCAACAUUGAAUGAUCCAUCGAACACCCAAGGCUUGUAA